GCAGCAUAUUUCUAGGGCUUUUGGAAGGAUUUCAUUGAUACCACAAUACUAUUAUUGAUCCUGCUUAUUGGUCUGAUUAACUAAAGAGUGGAAAGCAAACAGGCAGCAGGAAAGACUACGUUGAGUUUUUAAUAAGGGAAACUAAUUAAAAAAUAAAUAGAUAUUCACAUUGAGAAGCUGAAUUUGGGGUGUGUGUGUGCGUGUGUGUGUGUGUGUGUGUGUGUGUGUGUGUGUGUGUGUGUGUGUGUGUGUGUGUGUGUGUGUGUGUGUGUGUGUGUGUGUGUGUGUGUGUGUGUGCGCUCUGUCAGCAUGCUGUACAAACACACAGCAGGCUGGAAGCUAAGAGUCACAGCAGAUUUACAACCAACAGGCGUGGAGCUGCACUUCCUGUCUGACACACGCCAACAUCGCAGGUGUGUGUGUGUGUGUGUGUGUGUGUGUGUGUGUGUGUGUGUGUGUGUGUGUGUGUGUGUGUGUGUGUGUGUGUGUGUGUGUGUGUGUGUGUGUGUGUCUUUAUCUGUUUAUUUGAUUUUGUCCGAUCGUGUCUCUCAGUCGAUCCAGCUGCAGGAUCUGUACCUGCUGACAGUCCAGCUGUGAGAGUACUUCCUGUUGACAGCGGUGUCAGCAGUGUGAUGAGUCACAGCACUGACACCGGCUGUGGGCGGAGCCAGACCGUCCUGGGUGUGUGCAACCGGCAGCAGCUGCACAGUGUCGAGAGUUUAAUGAAGGAAUAUUACAUUACACUCAUUGUGUCGUCCUGGAAAUCUGAGUUACAUUUACAUAAAACUCACAACACAUACUGUACACAACAACACACUACACACACUGUACACAACAACACACAACACACUACACAUACUGUACACAACAACACACAACACACUACACAUACUGUACACACAACACACUACACAUACUGUACACAACAACACACAACACAUACUGUACACAACAACACACAACACAUACUGUACACAACAACACACAACACACUACACAUACUGUACACAACAACACACAACACACUACACAUACUGUACACACAACACACUACACAUACUGUACACAACAACACACAACACAUACUGUACACAACAACACACAACACAUACUGUACACAACAACACACAACACACUACACAUACUGUACACAACAACACACAACACACUACACAUACUGUACACAACAAUACACUACACACACUGUACACAACAAUACACUACACAUACUGUACACAACAAUACACUACACACACUGUACACAACAAUACACUACACACACUGUACACAACAACACACAACACAUACUGUACACAACAAUACACAGCACACCUACACACACACUGUACACAACAAAACACACACUGUACACAACAAUACACUACACACACUGUACACAACAAUACACUACACACACUGUACACAACAAUACACUGUACACAACAAUACACUACACACACUACACAACAAUACAUUACACACACUACACAACAAUACAUUACACACACUGUACACAACAAUACACUACACACACUGUACACAACAAUACACUACACACACUGUACACAACAAUACACUGUACACAACAAUACACUACACACACUACACAACAAUACACUACACACACUGUACACAACAAUACACUACACACACUGUACACAACAAUACACAACACACACUGUACACAACAAUACACAACACACAAUACACACACUGUACACAACAAUACACUACACACAGCUACACACACAGACUUGCAGCGACCUGUUUGGAAGAACUGGUGGAGACAGACGACCACCCACCUAGAGCCGGAGGAUCUGUCCUAGGUUUCUGCCUUUUAACAGGCAGUGUUUCCUUGCCCUUGUCUCCAAGGUCUUGCUCAUGGUGGUACUGUUGGGUCUCUGUAAUUAAUGUUAUAAAGAGUUCGGUCUAGACCUGCUCUAUUUGAAAAGUGUCCUGAGAUAACUUCUGUUAUGAAUUGGUGCUAUACAAAUAAAACUGAAUUGAAUAGACGGUUUUAUCUUCAUGCAUACAAUCUACGAAUGAUGAAAUUUACAUUUGUGGUUGAAUGAUGAUAAUCAUCAAUAAUUAAUCUUGUAGAAAGUGAAGG